UAAUACAUUCAUGGUAAUUCCUUCUAAACAAAAUGUGAGACCACCAUUCCAACAUACAAAUAAAAUAUGCGAUACGGUCUAAGUGUCGCGUAGUCGAACCGCACAAUCAUUUGCGACAAUUUUGUGAAAUGGAAUGACUGAAAAAAAUCGAUUCGAGUUGAUCUCGAGAAUGUGUCGAUAAUAAACGACAAAAGAGUCACAAUGUGAACGUCGACCAACCACACAAACCUCGCUGAGUGGAUUUCACCUCAGCUAGCUCGGAAGAAGAGUUUUUAACAGUGGCGCGCGAACAGAGCUGAGCAUUAAAUGCUCAGAAAUAUACAUUGUUAUUACAGACAUAUGUCAGACCUUUUCAUUUUAUUCUUAUUCGUGUACAUGCAAUCAAAUGCAUUGAUAUGCAGACAGAGAACGUUGCAGACUGCAAGCGAAUUUAAAACCCAAAGAAGAAUAAACAAAAGCUGAUAAACGUGAGACGCCGCGCAAUCUUGGAAUCAGAACAAAACAAUGCCAGAGAACGUAGAAUCAGAGAACUUAAAACAACAAAUUUGUUUAAGUUCUCUGGUAGAAUAACGUAGUUUUUAACGUUAAGCCCCAUAUGUUGGAAGCACACUAACUUUCGUAUAUUACAUUAAAAUUUAAAAAAAACGUUAUUAUACGCAUCAUACAAAACCCUAGCGUAUAAUAAUAUGUUGGUAUAUAUUAAUGUAAUAUACAAAACUUAGUGCAAUUCCAACAUUUGGGGCUUACCGCAUGAUAUAGGAAACACAUUUUAUUUUUACUUUCAAUUCAUUUGAUUCAUUCUGUAACUGCAAAUAAAAAAAGAUUAAGUGAAAUAUCCGGUUUUUCUCAAUGACGGGAUGCCCUCUACAGUGUGUUUGAAAUGCCGAUUGACAUUUGACUAUUGCUACCGUUUUAAACAAAUGUGUAAAAGGGCGGAAAAUCUGUUGAGUCAAGUUCCACUUUUGGGCGAAUGGCCUUCCCCUUUAAUGAAACCAAUAAUACCGCCAGAACUUUUACAAAAACAAUUAACUACGCACAAGGAAAAUAAAAAACCCAUUCAACAAAUGAAAAACCCUGCUAGUAAGGAGCAAUCUCAACAACCAUCACAGUCACAACAAAGUACUGCUAUAGUUAUUUCGAAAGUAACAAAUAUUAAAUCAUCAAGUUUGUCAGUAUCAACUCCCAGAAAAAUUCUUAACUCAAACCCGGCUCCGCUACCAGAACCACCAGUUCCAGCUCGUUUGAAAAAGAAUAAAAAUGUAGAAACAUUUAGCUUUCUUACAAAAGUAGAGAACAAUGAAGAGAUUUCAUUUGACGAUGUACAACGCUUAAUAGCUUCUGAAGAUGGCGAGUUUACCAAACUGGAAACUGAAGACUAUGAAGUCACUCCAGCAAGUACUUCUACCAACAUAAUAAAAAAGAAGCCUAAACUUCUAAAUAAAUCCUCGAUGCGUAUACUCAAUAAAGAAGCUGACGUAGAUGCCGAACCACGGCUCAAGCUACCGGAAGUAAAGCAUGAUGAGGACGGUAACGUUUCCAUUGUUACCGAAAUAUUGGAUCCAAAUGAGCCGUAUGAAAAUGAAUCUGAUCCUAUAAAAAACGCAGCACCUGUAAAGACAAAUGUUUUUCCAUGUCCAUACUGUUCCCGUACAUUCCCACUAUUGCAACUGCGUGAUAUCCAUUUAGUAAAUCACACACGUGAACGACAUUAUCCAUGCACAGACUGUGACCGUUCGUUCUUCUCUAAAUAUGAUCUUCAAAAACAUACAGUUAUACACACGGGUGAACGAAAGUACAAGUGCACCGUUUGUGAAAGAGGAUUCACUAGACCAGCACUUUUGCAAAGGCAUGAAAAAAUACACACAGAUAUACCUAAAUUUCUUUGCGUAUUCUGUGAGAAAGCAUUCUUGUCGAAGGAUGCUAUGGAAAAGCACGCCGAGCGACAUCGGAAAAAUCGUCCCUUUAAGUGUAAGGUGUGUUCCAAAGCAUUUGCCUUCAAGCAAGGUUUGGAACGUCAUGAGGUGGUUCAUUCGAGGGAACAGCCUUACCCUUGCCAAUAUUGUGAUAAAAGUUUCUGCACACAAUCGAAAUUGGCUCGUCACCUGGUUGCACAUGCAGGUAGCCGACCUUUUCCCUGCAAGUUUUGCCCGAAAUCAUAUUUGCUUUCACAUCAUUUGUCGCGUCACAUGCGCACCCACAAGGAAAGUGUUGUUAUGUACUCAUGUAACGAAUGUGACCAGGUGUAUAGGACUUGUAACGAGCUUGUUAUGCAUUCAACAGUACAUGCUACCGAUACUUUGAUUUGCCCUCUCUGUCAACAAGCCUUUGAGGAUGUAAAUUCAGUGACAUCACACAUUAUGGAGCAUGCCAAUAAUGAGUCUUUCCCUUGUGAAUUCUGCGAUUUGAUAUUCCUUACAUAUAAUGAACAAAAUUAUCACGUUAAAAGCGCACACGCCACUGAUGUAGCAGCAUAUAAUGAAGAUGAAAAGAAUACAAAACGAGAGAAAAAUUAUAGCGAUGAAGAAUUUGAAGAAACUAUUGAAGAAUUUCUUUAUGAUGACGAUGAUAAUUUGGAUACUAACACAAAUAAAAGUUUAAAUAAUGAAAAGCAGAAGAACUUUGAUGAAACCAAAAUGGCUAAAACAGAAGACGAGGAACAGUAUGAGGCAGAGUAUCUAAAGUUAGAAGAAUUCGUAAGUGCUGACGAGGAGAUGGUUACAGAAGUCUUAUCUGAGAUAAACGAAGACCAAGAACCCGUUAUAAAAAAAAGUAAAGUUAACCCUAGCAAGGAAAAAGUGAAAGUUCUUGAAAAUGAAAUCAUUCCAAUACGCGGUAAAGCCACCAACAGAAACCCUCAGAAUGCGAAGCGAAGCACAUCUCAGAAAUCUCUUACAAGGCUUAUUGAAAAUCAGAAUUUAGUGGUCAAAAGAGGUAGGCCUACCUCAGUUUCUCUUACAACAAAUAAGAAGAAUGGGCCAUGCGAUGAUAAUUAUAAUUAUAAAAAUGAUACCCCUACAACUAGCAAAAUUUCAAAAAGCUUGGAAAAUGUAAGCUCAAGAAGCAAACACACUGAUUCUAAAGCUAUAAUACCUAAGAAAGAUGGAGUAUAUCCAGUAAAAAGCGUCGAAAAUAUUGUUGUCAGAACGAAGGCAGGUGCAAAAAGUGUUCGGAUACAAAAAAUUUUAACAAAAGCUGAAGCAGUUGAUAUGGCUAAAGAUAGUCGCAUACGGAUUAAUGAAGGAAAAUUCAUACGAAUUAAGGAUGGAAAUUUUCCCAAGUCGUCUAAAUAAAAAUGUAAUAUAUUCUGCAUUCAAAUAUUAUGAAAUGAAAUAUGGUAAAUAUAUACUUACACAAUAUCAUUUGUACACACUAA